UUUGGGGCAAAAUUUAAUAUUUCUUUGUCAAAAAAAAAACUUUCUGAGCAGCAUGUGAAACUUCUCAAAUUGCGUUGCCUAGAUUUCUACAUUGAAUCUGUGAAACAGAUUACAGAUCGUUUUCCUUUCAAUGAUCCUAUUUUCACUAUGCUUGAAGUGCUAGAUCCUACUAAAAUAUCACCUUGUCAAUCUAUUGCACCACUGGCUUCCCUGUUUCCAAGAUUAAUAAAAGAAAAUGAGAUCCAACAACUCGAUACAGAAUGGCGAUUGCUACGUAAUACGGAAAUUGGUGGUAGUAGUGGCAGUAAAGACACAGUACAAGAUUUCUGGGAUAGUGUCCGUAAAAAAUCAUACGCAGACUCCAACCAGGUAUUUCCUUUACUAGCCAAAUUUAUUUGGAGUCUUUUGAGUCUACCCCAUUCGAGUGCUACAGCGGAACGAGUGUUUUCAGCAGUGAAUUUGAUGAAAACGAAAACCAGGAACAGGCUAUCAUCAAAGACAGUAUGCGGUUUGUUACACACCAAGAGACUAGUUUCUAAAUCCGAAUGCUUUUCUUUUGAUGUAACUAGUACAAUAAUUAAGAGAGUUCAAAACAAAAUGUAUGACAGUGAUGAUGAUGAUGAUGAUGAUGAUAAUAAUGAUGACUGACGUUUUGGUAAUUGAAGAAGGAGCAGGCUACAAGCAACUUUUUGUUUUCAUCAGUUUUUUAUAAGGUCAGUGAAAAUAAAAAAAAAAUUCUUGUGGUUUGUGUAUCUUAAUAUGUAAUGUGUGUGAAACAAGUUUUUGUUACUAAUUUAAAAGUAAAUGUGUGUAAAAAUAGGUUUACUAAAUUAAUUGUAAAGGAAAGCUAUAUGUUUAGGAUAUCUACUUCUUUCUACUGUUUUUUCACGGUUCAAUCUCCUGUUUUGGUGAGUGGUAGACCUGGCAACACUGCGCUUGCUGCCUUGUUUGCUCUGUGAAAUGUUUUGGCGCGAAAAAGAUGGAGGGAAGCGUUUUUUAAUGACAAUAUUUUAGUUAUUUUGUGGUUUAGGGUGAAGUGGGGUGUUUUUUUUUUUUGUUGUUUAUGCAGAAUGGAAAAUAGAGACUCGUUUUGUUUGUGAACGAUGGACUCCACGAAGGAAGUGACUAGGUUAUUGUACAAUACGUUGAAACGAAAUACCUGUGGUUUGGAGUGUUUUCUGAAGAAAGGAGCAAGUCCUAAUCUCAUUCUGCCAGAGUAUGGAGUGGCUCCCUUUCAUAUCGCUGUUGCUAUUGGGAAAGAAUCGUACGGGUUCCACGCAGCAAAACUGUUUCUGCAGUAUGGAGGAGACCCAAACGUAAGAUCGGUGGAGGGCCUGACCCCAGUGCACGUGGCCGCGGUGUGGGGCCAGGUCGCCACCCUGUACUUGCUGCUCGUCAACGGCGGGGACCCUCGGCUGACGGACGAGGAGGGUCGCGAUGCCUUCCAGCACGCCCGGCUGAAGCGGCAGGUGACCGCGCUGCGGUUGCUGGAGAGCUUCCAGGGGCAGGGUGUGAGCGCCAGCAACCCGGGUAAAGCUAUUUUACCCAGCGAGAACCUCUCUUCGGGACACGUCACCGAUCCUGCGGUAGAGCUGCAAGCCCCAGAGACUCGAUCUGCAGGCACACAGACACAGUAUUUUAGACCAUCGUUUGCGCCUGUGUGCUCAGAAAAUAAACAACAGCCGUUUACCAACAAGUCACAUAUUGAAGAAAAUAUAAUAUCAUUGCAUAGUCAUGGAGAAUUUGUGAAUACCAGCAUAAUAUCAGUUAAUAAGGUUAGUAAUAAUAAAUCUAAUGAGCACAAAGACUUCCUCUCCGAACUGAAGCAUGUCCUAGCCUGCAGGGGAGAUACUGGUUCAGUAAAGAUACCAGGUCGUUGUGACAAAGGUGGUGGUAAUGAAUCCAUUAAGGAAAAUUUUAACACUUGUGACACAGUGCUGCAUUCUGAUAGCAGCAGUAUGAAUGAUGCUGACGUAUUACCCAGUGUGCCUACGGAAGGAAACAGAUCUACUUCAAGUGAUUUGGUUCUUGAAGAACUGAAAUCUUUUGAUAAAAAUUGCAGUUUGGUACACCACUUUGAAGACAAAUGUAGUGUUCUGCCCACAAGAGGAAAAACUGAUGUAGAUUUGCAAGAGGCAGGGAGCGAGAAAACGUGUGAGAAUAAGACAAAAGAUGGCUCUGUGGAAGGUGCAGCGUACUUGAGUUGUGAGGACAUGUUUGGUAGUUUGUUGACUGAAGAUGAGAGUGCUGUGCGUAACUCGGUGGAACACCAUCGCAGACGGGUCCCCACUGUACAAGUGUCCGACCUGAUGACCAGCGACGAAGGUGGCUCCAUGUCUGGCCCAAGGACGUGUUCUCAGCCACCUGUUGUGGACACUGCUGAGCCAGAACCAAGCCCCAGGGAGUGCUCUUCAGUUAGUGUUGACAGUCGUAACUCGUUGGUACCGCUUUGUGAAGAGUACAGGUACACUGAUGACGAAGAAGGCGUCGUCCUCUUGGAGAAAGUGUUUUUGGUUGAGCGUGACAGUUUGCAGUUACUCACAGAAGACAAACAUUCUAGUUCUGCGCUGCAAGAAGAGCGAGAUGAUGCAGUCUCGUCCACUGCUGCUUCAUUCCCUAUCAGUUUGGAUUAUGACAGCGAUACCCUCCGCAAAGACCUUAGGAAGCUGGGGCAGAAUAUUGGUCCUAUCACAGCCACUACCAAAAGAGUGUAUCUGAAGAGAUUAUAUGCAUUGCAUAAACACUUGUCGCUGCCUCCUCCCACAGGAAACAUAGUUCGAGAGUACAGUAGUGUCCUGGAGAAAGCACUGAAUAACAUUGAGACUGUAAAUUCAUACGCUGCACUUGAGCAAGCAGUGUCUCAGCAGUUUUCGUCUCCGGACCGUACUUGUCGAUGGCGGAAAGGCGUGCUGAAGACUUCCUUCACUUACCUGCUGCUGGACCCCCGGGUGUCUCGCAACCUGCCUCGUCGCGGUGAGACGCUGUCCCGGCAAGAGCAGUGGUCCGCCUUCCUGUCUGCUGUGUUCUAUGUGGGCAAGGGGACGCGUGCCCGCCCUUACGCUCAUUUGUACGAGGCGGUGGCGGCUUGGAAGAAACCGAGGCCCCACGUCAACAGUAAGGUUCGGCUCAUCCUGGACGUUUGGCGUCAGGAUUUGGGCGUGGUGUGCCUCCACAUUUUCCAGACCGUCAUCCCAGCGGAAGCGUUUACCCGGGAGGCGGCCAUGAUCGAUGCCAUUGGCUUGAGAAACUUGAGGAACUGCAAAAGGGGUGAAUAUUACGGAGUCGCCAGCACGUGGACCAAGACCCAGCAACAGCAGUUGGGUUCUUAUUUGUUGUACAGGGCCUUGCAGAUGUUUCUGAUCGAAGGCGAACGGCAAGUACGGCCAGAUGAAAUAUGAAUUUCUUGGGUUAGAAAUGUGAUUUUAUUGACAAAGUUACUUCGUGACUGGUAACUGUAAUUUACAGAACAGUGUAUUGUGCAGUUCAAAUCAACCAAAGAAUAAAUAAAUACCACCAUCUGUGGCCAACCAUUCCAA